AUGAGGUCUGAAAGCAACGAAGAGACCGAAGAAGUUUUGAGAUUUUUUCUGAGAAGAUUUCUAUCGCGAAAUGUUUUACAUUUUUUGGUAGAGGAUUGGUGUCUGUCUGCGUUGCUUGGUAUCAUCACGGCAGUCCUCUCAGUUGGAAUGGAUGUCGCCAUAGAGAUACUUCAGCACGCUCAUGUGGUUCUUCACGACAUAUCUCUGGAAACAUCCAGCUAUCUAGCGUUUUUCUCGUGGACCUCUUAUAUUGUAAUACUAACGGCACUGUCGACCGUGUUCUGUCAGAUCGUCUCCAAGCAAGCUGUCGGAUCUGGCAUUCCGGAAGUGAAGGUGAUCAUGCAUGGCUUCAAGCUGGAGAAUUAUCUGACUUGUCGUACACUCAUCGCCAAGAUGGUCGGGCUAACGCUUGCGAUGGGCGGAGGACUACCUAUCGGCAAAGAAGGUCCAUUUGUGCAUAUUGGAGCGAUCGUAGCUACACUGCUUUCGAAGAUCACAGCCUCAUGCCAAUACUCGGCAUUUUUCUCCAAUGAAGGAAGAGAGAUGGAGAUGCUCAGCAGCGGGUGUGCAGUCGGAAUCGCCUGUACAUUUUCAGCACCCAUUGGAGCGGUACUGUAUGCGAUAGAGUCGACGUCCAAGUACUUCGCAGUGAAGAACUACUGGCGUGGAUUUCUUGCCGCCACCUGCUCGGCGAUCAUCUUUCGUUUCGCCAACUUCUUCGUCACCGCGGAGCAGUCCGGAACAAUCACCGCCUUUUACCAGACGCGAUUUCCGACUGACGCGUUUCUCAUCGAAGAACUGCCCGUGUUCACUCUGUUAGGGUUUAUGAGCGGAAUGAUGGGUGCGAUAUUUAUAUUUACACACCGUCAGAUCUCCAUGUUUCGUCAACGGAAUCAUCUUUUUAAAAUGAUAUUCAGAAAUAAUUUUCUGACAUUCACAGUAUUCAUGGCAUUGGUGGUCGGGAUUCUUACUUAUCCGCAAGGGUUCGGACGUUUCAUUGCCGGAAGACUGACGUUCCGCGAGACUAUGGCCAAUUUUUUCGACAACUGCACCUGGUACACUAAUGACAGGACGAAGAGAUGCCCCGAGCAAUUGCUACGGCAUUGGACAGACAAUGGGUCUGUGCACAUAUUCGUUUCGCUGUUGGCCUACUACAUGGUCUAUUUCGUACUAGUAGCGAUUUGCAUCUCCAUCAAUGUGCCGGCAGGCGUUUUCGUACCGUCAUUCGUCAUAGGAGCGGCAGGUGGACGUCUAGUGGGCGAGAUUAUGGUGUUUUUAUUCCCUGAGGGUAUGCGAGGCCCAGAUGGACCACCAAUCUACCCAGGACUCUACGCAGUUGUCGCUGCCGCUUAUACAGGAGCCGUCACCCAUGCUCUCUCUGUGGCGGUGAUCAUUUGCGAACUAACCGGGCAACUAGCUCCCAUUCUUCCCGUUUUGAUCGCGAUGCUGAUGGGCAAUGCAAUCUGCAAGUUUCUACAGCCGUCCAUUUAUGAGAGUAUUAUACGAAUAAAGAAAUAUCCGUAUUUACCUGAUCUUCCUCCAUCAAGAAUCAGUGUGCAUACGGUAAAAGUUGAGCAGUUGAUGGUAUGCGAUGUCAUUUACAUCACCAAGGACAUGACGUAUCGAGAAAUGAAGGAAAUUCUCCAAAUGGCGCCACAUCUUAGAAGUUUUCCCAUCGUUACCGAUCAUGAGAGUAAAAUCCUUUUGGGAUCGGUGGCAAAGAGAUAUUUGGUAAUGCUACUGAGGCGACAUGUGUUAAUCAGCCAACAAGAUAAUCGUGCAAGUGUUCGAAUGACACCGACAGAAAUCUUCAACACAAUUCGGAGGACAAGCAUGAGACUCUCAAAGAGAUCACCAUCUCGACGAUCUAGAGACGCACGGGAAACGGAGAGUACUAAGAGCGAGAGUGAUCCGGUCGAAGUAGUCACUGAUCGAAGCUACACUGGCAACACCUUGCUUUCGAUCUCACCGCUUCAUGCACCUGAUAGCGUUCCUUUGCAAGCUGUUUUUACUCGGCCAUCGACAGCAGACACAACAAAGGAUCCAGAAGCCCUUCUGGAUCGAGUUAUUGACCUCGAUGAGGUCGCCAUCGAUGCUGCGCCAUUCCAACUUGUGCUCGGAUCUUCUCUGUAUAAGGUGCACACGCUCUUUAGUCUACUUGGAUUGUCGCACGCUUACGUCACUGAUUGUGGACGCUUGGUGGGCGUCGUUGGUUUAAAAGAGCUUCGGGACGCCUUGGCUAACAUCUACGUCAGAGGGGCCGUCGUGCCGGAAAGGAAGCUCACUUCGAGCGCCAUAUCCGUCAAGAAAGUAAGAAUCUACCUUAUUUCACCCGCUUUUGCAGUACUCUUAGCUCGAAUGAAGUGGUUGCAUUUUAUUCGAUUCACGAUUAGCAAUAAACCUGCGUGGAAAUAG